GGUUCGAGGCCACUAGUUUUAUUCAGCAUGCAGACUUGGACGUGUCUCACUUAAAAUAUGUUUAAGGAUAGACAUACUUGCAAAUUCCAGAUUGGUCAUGGCUGACCAUGGCUAGUAUCAUCAUGGGUAUUGCUGGAUUAAAUAAUGUCAAAUUACAUUCGUUGCAGGGGAACAAACUCCAAGAAACUGCCCAGUUGUCUGACAGUGACAUUCUCCGGACCCAACGUGAGGGCAGCAUCUGUGGUUCUUGAUAACAGCGUCACCACCAGGGACAAAGCUCGCUCGAAAUUCCAGGCACUCAAGAGGUUGGGAUUGCCAGCGAAACACAGCCUGGCUUUCUUGUUCAGCUGCGUUGGGCGAGGGCGCCAUUUCUACCAGGCCGAGGAUGUGGAAAGCGGAGCCUUUCACGAGGUCUUUCCCGACACGCCCCUUGUGGGGUUCUUUGGGGGCGGGGAGUACGGCUGUGAUAACUUCACCCUGGGGAGAUCGGUGCAGGAGAGUGCAGACCAAGACUCGGCAGACCUCAGGCACAGGAAUGAGCUGAACAAACUGCAGAAUUUGGAGAAGUGGUUCACUUGUGUAGUAAUUGCUUGCUGUCAUUUGGCUGAAUAGUGAGGCAUUAGCCACAGAUUAUUGCAUUGACUG